GCGGGGCCUGGAGGCCAGCGGGCGGCUCGCCGCGGGGAGGGGCGGGAGGAGCGGCCCCGACCUUCAGUAUUUAAGCACCCCGUGUGCUGGGCACGAUUCUAGGCGCUUGGGAUUCCGCGGAGGAAAAGGUACAGGGGAGGCUGCAUUGAGGUGACGUCUGAGCUGAGCUGAAGAUGAGUUAUAUGCAGAUGCCUGGGUAGUAGCAUCCUUUUCUCAAAUACGAGGAACCCAGGAUUCAGCAGCACUGCCUCUGGCCGAGGAAGCCCUGGGACCUGUCAGACCCCUGGCAGCCCCGCUCUGCCCGGCUUCAAAGCUCUGAGGCAGAGCCCGGACCCUCAGACCCCACUCCUGUGGCCCUGGAUGUCCCCUGCUAAUAUCUACAACUGGUCAUCAUCUCCAGCAAAAAUUAGGCCCCGCGCACCAUGGCCAUGACUAGCGUCCGACUGCCUGCCGGUGUUCUAGGAAAGCCAGACGCCUGGACGGGGCUCUGGGCUCUGCUGCGAGGGAUGCCUUCACCCAAGCUCGCCGUUUCCUGGAACCGAUACUUAUAUUUUUCUAGUACCAAGUUAAAUGCAUCCAAUUGUAAAGUACUUUUCCAUAACAUUUUCUCCCUGAGACUCCCAGGGCUUUUAAUAUCUCCAAAAUAUCUGUUCCCAUUUUCCAAAAGACUCAAAAGUAAUAUAAGCUCUAAAAAAUCCACUAAAAAGACUCUGCAGAAAGCUGAAGAUGAAGAGGACUCCGAUGAGGACAGGGACGGAGGUGAGGUGGGCCGGCAGGAGGGGGAGCUCCAGGAGGACCCCAGCGCCGCCAGGGACUAUAAGGAUCUGGAAACAGUAGUGCCGUCUUUCCGAUAUGACGUCGUCCUGAAGACAGGCCUUGCCGUUGGGAGGACCCAAGUGGAAGAUGCAUUCUACAAAGGUGAACUCAGGCUGAAUGGGGAGAAAUUAUGGAAGAAAAGCAGAACGGUGAAAGUGGGAGACAUGUUAGAUCUUCUCCUUGGAGAGGAUAAGGAAGCAGAAACGGAGACAGUGAUGCGGAUUCUCCUAAAAAGCGUGUCUGAGGAGAAAACUGAAAGCGAGAAAUACCGCGUGGUGUUACGACGGUGGAAAAAGUUAAAGUUGCCUAAAAAGAGUGUGUCUAAAUAAAUGGAUUGCUGUAAAAAUAAAAGCAGCUCAGCA